AUGGGACCAAAGGGUAUGGGCUUCCCUACUGACGGAGUAGACAAUCAUGGCUGGAAGCUGCACAUUACAUCUUUGGUGAUGAUUAUACUUGCUGGGUUGGCUGUUGUUGUUAGAUGCAUAAGCCGAGUAUCUCUCUACAACUUUGGUGCUGAUGAUAUUGUGAUUAUCAUUUCAUUGCUGUUCUCAAUCAUUCUCUCCGUUGCUGUUCAGCUUGCAAUUGGAAAUGGUUACGGUAUGCAUAAAGCUGACCUCACCGCCAUUGAGCUUGAGACGGCGCUCCGGUGGUUUUUUAUCGCCCAAACGCCUUACAAAGUAACCAUUUGCCUCAAUAAAGUGGCCACCAUCUUGCUCUACCUGCGUAUAUUUGUUACGCAAAAAUUCCAGAUCGCUGCCUAUACUGUCAUGGGAAUCAUCAUCGCUUUGACCAUUGGAGCUGUGGCAUCAACGAUUUUUCAGUGUGUGCCAAUUGCGGGUGCCUGGAAUAGGACAGUUGACGCAAAAUGUAUUAACUCGGACAUAUUCUGGAUUGCAUAUGCUGUUAUGAACAUCUUGACAGAUGUCAUGGUUUUGACUCUUCCUAUUGUACCCAUUAUGGAGCUUCAGCUGUGCAUACGCAACAAAUUGAUGAUAUGCGCCAUCUUCUUGAUGGGUGGAUUCGUUACUGUCACAUCUAUCCUCAGAGCGGUGUCUGUACAGAACUCGCUUGCCAACAAAUCCGAUAACACGUGGAGCUUUAUCGAUCGCGGAAUAUGGACGUUAAUUGAGGCGAACUCAGGCAUUAUCGGUGCCUGUCUUCCUGCUCUCAGGCAGCCAUUAGCUCGGACGUUGCCUCAUAUCUUCGGUUCA